AUGAGUGCUAUUUCCGCCCUGUUCAUUGUUUUCUGUGCGGUUCUCAUUCAUAUCGAAGCUGCGAUCCCGGAUAAUUGCAAACUUCCCGCGGAUCCCGGACCAUGCCGCGCGUUAUUACCGCGUUUCCGAUACGAUCCAGACCAGCAAAGGUGCGUGAAAUUCAUUUACGGCGGAUGUCGUGGGAACCGCAACAAUUUCAACUCAUUGUCGGAUUGCCAAAACGAAUGCGAAGGAAAGUAG